AUGUCAGAUCAAUCCCGAGCAAGUAGAGUUGGCAACAUGUUCCCUCAGAAGCCCCAGUUUUCAGGGUUUAUGAAGCCAUGUAGAUUCGAAGGAGAGAUCCAGAAUCUCGAGGUAUGGGGCGAGAUACCUCAUGAGAUACACGGAACAUUCUACCGGGUCAUGCCAGACCCACAGUUUCCCCCCUUCGCCGAGAACGAUCCGUGGUUCAACGGGGAUGGCAACGUCAGCGCUUUUCGGAUCAAAGACGGACGUUGUCACUUCAAGCAAAGAUAUGUAGUGACGGAAAAGUUUGCUAGAGAAAGAGAGGCUCAACGUGCCCUAAUAGGGACAUAUCGUAACAAGUACACUGAUGCCGUUGAAUUCAAAGUGCGAAGUACAGCAAAUACUAACAUUGUCUUCUUCAAUGGCCGUCUCUUGGCAUGCAAAGAAGACUCUCCUCCAUAUUCACUCGAUCCAGUGACACUCGAGACUAUCGGGUUGGAAUUAUUCAAUGGGCAACUGCCUUGCUUAACCUUCACUGCGCAUCCGAAACUCGACGAAGAGACAAACGAGCUAAUAUGCUUUGGGUACGAAGCGAAGGGCGACGGCACCCCGGACGUCUGCUAUUUCACCAUCGAUGCUCAGGGCAAAUUUACCCAAACCGUGUGGCUUGUUGCUCCUGUGGUUGCUAUGAUUCAUGACUUUGCUUUUACAAAGAACUGGGUACUGUUCCCAAUCAUUCCACAGACCUGUGAACUUGAAAGAAUGAAGCAAGGUGGCGAACAUUGGCAGUGGGAUCCAAAUAUCCCAUUCUAUCUCGGCGUCCUACCUCGCCAUGGCGCGUUGGGAUCUGAUGUGAAGUGGUUUCGCGCUCCAAACGCCUUCCCCGGACAUACUGUCAACGCCUAUGAGGACGAUUUGGGAAACAUUGUAUUUGACCUUCCUUUGACCAACAAAAAUGCCUUUUUCUGGUGGCCCGAUGCCAAUGGAAAUGCGCCCCAGCCCGAGCAGAUUGCCGCAGAACUCGUUCGCUUCACGUUUGAUCCAAAGUCCACUGACCUUGAUCUUCCAAAACCUUUGGUCAUUGGUCACGAAGACUGUGAGUUUCCACGUAUCGACGAUCGAUUUUUUGGUAAGAUGCAUAGCCAUGCCUUUAUGGAUAUUAUGGACCCAAACCUGGGAACCGAUUUCGCAGCAAUUGCACCAGUCAUGGGAGGGGGUUACCCACCAUAUAAUUCAAUUGGACAUCUCGACUACAGUACAAUGCGCAUGGAAAAAUACUUCCCCGGUCGGACUCACCUUGUUCAAGAACCUGUUUACAUUGCGAGGCAUCACGCCAGUGAGGGUGAUGGCUGGAUAAUGGCGCUGGUAAACAAUUACUCCACCAUGUCGAGCGAGUUACAUAUUGUUAGCACCAGACAGUUUGAAAAAGCACAGGCUAUUAUAUAUCUUCCUCUUCGCUUAAGGGCUGGACUGCACGGUAAUUGGGUCAAUGGUCAAGAUAUUCGAUGUUCAAAAUAAUUUCUUCCAUGAUUCAUGUUUAGCACAAUAGGUCGAAAGACCAAGCACCGCAUUACAUAGUCACGCAAUCAGAUUUAUCCACACUGUUAUUAA